AUGUCUGAAGCUCAAACGAGGUCUUCUGCCUCUCGUGGCAGGGUAUCCGCUCGCGGCGGUCGCGGUGGCUAUAGCUCCAGAGGUGGUCGAGGUGGCAGCAGAUCUGCAAAGGCAGACAACUCAGAUAGCACGCCCGCUACAUUCGAAGACGAGGGAGAAAUUGGUCAGAUGAAGAAGAAAUAUGCAAACACUCUACCCAUGCUAAAGGAAUUGUUCCCUGACUGGACGGACGAGGAUCUUGUCUUUGCGUUGGAGGAUGCAGACGGCGACCUCGAGGAGGCAAUUGAUCGCAUAACUGAAGGUAACGUUUCUCAGUGGGGUGAGGUAAAGAAGAAGACUACAGACCGGAGCCGCCCCAAGCCAAAGGAGGCACAGAGCACCCCGACCGAGUCGACUACUGCUCCCAUUCGAGGAGGCCGUGGACGUGGUGGAUUUGAGAGCCGUGGUGGACGUGCUCGUGGAGAUCGUGGUCGUGGCGGUCGUGGCGGUCGUGCUGGUGCCCACACCAAUGGCAGCCGUCCAGAGAAGCUCGCUGCUCCUACCACAGUGGAGACAGCUACCCCCGAGGUCACCCAGACUGAGAAGCCGACCGAUGCUGAACCUACAGCUCCUGAACCAGUCGACGCCUCGAGUGUACCGAAGCCCACUGUGGUCCCCGAGGGUACCAAGAAGGGUUGGGCAAGCUUGUUCGCGAAACCGGCACCUCCUCCUCCCCAGCAGAAACCUGCUGCUGCCGCUCCAGUACCAGCCCCGGCUCCAGCUCCUGCUGCCGCUGCUGCACCUGCGCCUGCGCCUGUGCCUGCCCCCGCUGCCGCUGCCGCUGCCGCCCCUGUUCCCGAGAAGCCUGCUGCCGAACCAGUGCCCGAGCAGAAGGAACAGAACGAGCAGAAAGAACAGAAAGAGCAGAAGGCGCCUGAGCCUGCACCCGUCCCUAUUCCGCCUCCGGUUCCGGUUCCUAUGGAGAAGGCGCCUGAGCCUGUUAUCCCUCAGCCUCUCGAAAAACCUGCUGUGCCCGCCCCGGCGACUGAAGUUGCAGCCCCCAAGGAUGAUUUGACCAGGACGAAUCUUGCGCAGAUCCCCGACGUCUCUCCCCCGGCUCCCACAGCCACCGCUGCUAGCACCGUGGGCAGCGCCCUUGAUGCUAACAAUGCUGCAGCUGCCGCAACACCCACACGACCUGCACCUGCCUACCCCACCAGUGCACUUAAACAGAGUGUUCGCGCUGCCGGUGCCCAGCGCCGUGUGAUGGAACAACAAGAAGCAGUUGUCAUGCCAGGAAACCAUGCUGUCGACCGGGCUGCAGUGCAGUUCGGCAGCAUGGGAUUGAACGGCGAUGCUGCUGAUGUCGAUAUUGAUGAGAACCGUGAAGAUGCUGAAACUCGUGCCCAACCCCCUCAACACUCUCCCGUGGCUCCUCGUGCCUCCUUGCCUCCUUCUACCCAAGGCCAGGCUUCGACCGAGAGCCCCGCUGUCUCUCGCCCAGCCCCUGGACUCCCCCCCGUUCCUCAAGCCUCUGCUGCCGACUCCUCUUUCAACGACUUCGCCCGCUAUACCGAUGCUCACAAGCCCUACGACCCCUUCAGCCAGCAGGUGACCCAACCUCAGCCUCAGAUCCAAGAACCAUUCGCCAACCAAGCUCCCGUCCAGCCGACCGUAACUACUGGCAGCGAGUAUUCUCCCUUCUACGCCGUCGACCAGCGUCUCCCUUACAACUACUAUGGCACCUAUGGCCAGUCCCAGGAUGCUACCGUGGCCCAGAGAGCUGCCGCCGGAUUUGGUGUCUCGGGCGCGGAAGUGCAGCCCCAUAUCCCUACUACUCAGCCUCCCAGCCGCUAUGGCCAUGUUGACGCACCCAACAGUGCAUAUGCCCGGCCAGGCGCUCAUACCUACGGAUAUGGAUACCCUUAUUUCUCCAACCCCCACUAUGCUUCGUACAUGAGUCAGAUGAGCGGACACCAAUAUGGCCGCAACCGCCCGAUGUAUGAUGAUGCUCGCAGAUACGACGACCACUAUAUGCCUCACACGGCCCAGUAUGGCUAUGGAAGCCAGUAUGGUCCGUAUGGCAAGGCUGGAAUGUACGGCCAGCCUCACGCUUUCUCUUACGACCACUCUUCGUCGCCCGCAACUACCGGCAGCUUUGCACAAGCCAUGCCGGGCCGUGACACCGUCUACGGCCGUACCGGAUCUGCCCAACCAUCGGAGAGCCAGCAGUCUGCAGCCGGCUCGAACACCUUCGGAUCGGGCAUGUCGGACGUCUUUGGUCGCUCCCAGGGUGGCUUCGGGCAGAAUCAGCCCAUUUCUCAGCAGCCCCCAGUGACUACGGAGGAAACUAAGACCUUUGACACGCCCAAGGCCUCUGGACCCAGUCCUUCCCUGGCUCAGGCUAACCGCCCUGGCUCCGCAACCAACAGCGUACCAGGUCAGCCUCAGGCACAAACUGGCCUUCCCCCUCUGCAAGGCCAGCAGGGUCAGCAGGGCUUUGGCACCUAUCCUCAGCUGAACCCUCAGUAUGGGGGUCUCGGUGGACUUGGUGGACACCAGGGUGCAGCCACUCAAACCCACCACCAGGCUACUGGAUACGGUAACUACGGCGGCGCCGGCUUCGCUAAUUAUUAUGGCAACACUGGCCGCGGUGGCUGGGGAGGCAAUUACGGUCACUAA